AAACUCCAGAAAUGCUUCCACAUGUGUACUCUUCGUCCUCUACGAUGCAAGGCGGUUCGCUUUCUCAGUUUGGUAGCAGUAAAAUCAAUAUAGCGACGUUGACAAUCCUUCGGGCUCUCAACAAGAACCAAUCACCCAUCAGUCCAUCAUCACCUUUACAUGCUUUGAUAGAUCGCAAUUAUUUAUGUAGCGCCCUGACUUUUAAACAUAGUGCACCUAUGAAAGCUCUUGCUUCUGAGGUCACUCAAAAGCUGGGGAAAAGACUAAAUGACAUGCAACUGACAAAAUCUGAAAUUGCCGAAACACAAGUCAUAGUCGCCACACCUGAAAAAUGGGACGUCGUAACUCGAAAGCCCACUGGCGGAGGCAAAUUAGCUUCAGUAUGUACAUCUUUGAAAGAAGAACGCGGGGCUAUCGUCGAAACUAUCGUUGCGCGCACGUUACGACAGGUCAAAUCAAGCCAAUCUGUCAUUAGAAUAGUUGGGCUCAGUGCAACGUUGCCAAACUAUUUGGAUGUCGCAGAGUUUGUUUGCCAACAUUUACCUUUGGAGCAGCACUUCAUUGGAAUUCGAGGAAAGCCUGGAAGCGUACGUUCUAAAACGAAUCUUGACGGUGUCGCAUACGAGAAAGUUUCUGACCUAGUACGACAGGGACACCAAGUAACGUCGUUCGUUCAUGUGCAGAAAGAAACGGUGAAAACGGCGCAAGCUUUGAGAGAUGGCGACAAUAGAUGGCACAUUGGAGGAUUACAACUGCGGGGAGCAUCCUCAAUGGUCAUUUUUCCGAAGGAGCAUAGGAGAUUCUAGGAAUAAGGAGGUGAAACAGCUGUUUUAUCUUGUGUUUGGUAUUCAUCAUGCGGGUAUGCUGCGAUCUGAUCGAAACAUGAUGGAGACAGGAUGUUCGAAGCUCGAGUGAUCAAGGUUCUCUGUUGUACGUCGACGCUCGCAUGUGGAGUCAACUUACCUGCUCUUGCAGUUGUAAUCAAAGGCACUCAGU